AUGCAACAACAUGUCGCCUGGUUGUUUUCAGGGUAUGCAGGUACCACACUGCGCUGGCACCCAACGACAAACGAGGCCCAAAACCCAUCAACGACACCAGCCCCCACCCUCCAACAACAACAAUGCCCACAAACAAUGCCCACUGCCCACAAACGAGCAUGCACCGCCCACAAACAAGCACACACCACCCAUGAACAAGCGCCCAGUGCCCAUGAAGAAAACUCGGCGCCCACACCCACAGACGACCACGGAUCCCCACCCAUAGACAGCAAAGCCCAUUCACGGACGACAAUGACAAAUGUGCACACCGCCCACCACGAACAUUACCACACCCCCCAACAAUGUUUAGCGCCCCCAAAAAACGAACCAACACACAUGAACAAGGACCACUGCCUGUGCAAAACAGCUCACACACCCCCCAGCAUCUACCCCCCACCCUCCGAGUUCGACGACACCCAUCAACAACGCACACCGCCCACCACAAAUAUCACCACACCCCCCAACAUUGUUAGCGCCCCCAAAAAACGAACCAACACACACGAACAGGGACCACCGCCCGUGCAAAACAGCUUGCACACCCCCCACCCUCCGAGGACAACAACGCCCAUUGACAACGCACACCACCCAUUGACAACGCACACUGCCCACUGA